ACAGAGGUUCCGACAAGCUUCCAAAACCCAAUGAAGUUUCAGUAGAUUUUAUUCUCUUGUCUUUACUGUUUUAGUGUACUAGCAUUUGGUUCAUCGAAGACGCCUCGAUUCACGAACUGGAUCGUCGACGGAUAUUGGAUUUCCACAGAAUCGGUCCUUUUGACUUUUGAGCUGAAGGCAAGGAAAGGACACACUCGUCUCAGUAUUUAGUCGUUUCUGUUAUCUUUUAGUGCUAAAAUUCCCUGUUUUCAUGUGCUUUUUGAUCUAUGGAUUGAUUAAAUUUACCCAUUUUUUAGAGUUCUGUGAGAUCUUUUAUAUCGAUUUGCUAUCGCUUUCCCUGUUUCAAUCAAUUGGAUUAUGGUUGCCACUUGUUACAUUGUUCAUGUGAGGAAAAUUUUGGUAGCUUUAUUGGUAUCUGAUCAUAUAUUGAUUUCGUAUUUGCCUAUUUUUAGGAUUGGAGUCUAGGGUGUGAAGUUGUCUACUCGACAGAUCUCAUUAUUGGGGAUUUUGCUUGCUGGGAUUUGGCAAUUUCGGCUGUGUUUUAGCUCAGGUUUAAUUUCUUGUCAUCGUCAUGGAUUCUCCUCAGUCUGUCGUGUCACCAUUCAAGGGCUCUGUUUUUGCUGAGCGUGAGAAUCAGAACACGGAUCUUUUUGUGGAGAACCCAGGUUGCUUAUCAGGGAAAAUGGAGGUUCAAAGAAAGGAAUCUGCAGUGUGUGGGGUUCUUGAGGUUUAUAUACAUCAGGCUAGGGACAUCCAUAAUGUCUGCAUAUACCACAAGCAAGAUGUUUAUGCUAAGCUUUGCCUUACCAGUGAUCCUGAAGACACAGUCUCCACCCAGAUCAUUAAUGGGGGUGGGAAGAAUCCGGUCUUCAAUGAGCAUCUUCGCCUUAAUGUUAGGAGACUUGAUUCCUCUCUGAAAUGUGAGGUAUGGAUGCUGAGUAGGGUGAAGAAUUAUCUUGAGGACCAGUUACUGGGCUUUGCUUUGGUGCCUCUGUCUGAAGUUCUCAUCAAGAAUGGGAAGUUAGAAAACGAGUUCUCUCUCUCCUCAACUGAUCUCUUCCAUUCCCCAGCUGGCUUUGUUCACUUGUCUCUCUCUUACAGUGGAGCUUCGUCGGAUGUUAUAGCUAUUCCUGCACUGCCUGCAGCUGUGGCUAGAAAUGUGCCUGUGCAGGAUACUGAGGGAUCCGAGUCACUCUCAAGUGACUUUGACAAGAUCGAGUUUCCUGAUCUGAAUAUAGUGAAUGAGAAUCAUAUGAUGGUUUCAGAGUAUUUUGGUGUCCCAUGUGCCAGUUUGGACUCUCAGAGCUCCGAGGGCUUGGUCUCGUCUGAUACUGAAAAUCACCAGAGUUCAGAAGAAGGUGUUCGUUUUGUGGAAAGCUUCUUGAGAGACAGUUUCAAUUCCACCCACCUCCCAGAGCACAAUUCUCUGCCAAGCAGUGUGUCAACUAAUGGUUCCCCAUCUGCUUCACUUCCUGUAAGUUCUGAGUCUUCAGAAACCCCACAAGCUUCAAAACCUCCAAAUGAGGAAUAUGUUUCACCUCCAAAAGAAAAUCUGAAAGAAAAAAGUGAAGAUGUUGCUGAUACUGAGAGUAAUGCAUCAGGCGGGUUUUCUGAUAACACAUUUGCAAAGCCUCCUGUUAGUGUGAAGAUUGAGCAAGAGCAAAAGGUGGUGCAACAGGAGAUUGUGGAUAUGUACAUGAAAAGCAUGCAGCAAUUCACUGAGUCAUUGGCAAAGAUGAAGCUUCCAAUGGACAUUGAAAGUGGGCCAACCAGUUCUGGAAAUUCGACUUCAGAUCAGACAUUACAGGCAUCAAAGAACACCGGCUCCCGAGUGUUUUAUGGGAGUAGAGCUUUCUUCUGAACUUUUGUUACCCUGGUUCGGAAGAGUGUACACAGCUGACUUUUGGAGACUAGAAUCAAGGCUGGUGGUAGUAGUAAACAGUACCAAUAAUCUUACAAUAUCCAAUGUUGUGGUGUUAUAACUUGUGUGUGCUCCAAGCAUCGUCCUGCCACGUUUGCUCGUUGUCUAUAUUUCAGCUCAAGUCUUUAUUAUCUUUUGUCUCAGCUACUUGCCUUAAUGAAUUGAUAAACGUGGGGGUUAUAUAGGGAGCCCAUGUCCGCGUUGUGAUUCGAGGCAAAAGGUUAGGAUAGGCUAAAGUGCCAGUGAUUUGGUUUUGGUGUUUAACAAUGUUCGUUUUUAUAAAUGUUUUGACCAUCGGUGGUAUUUUGAAGCUGCCAAAUAGUUAAUAUGUCUUUGCUGCUUGAGAAUUUGUAGACACCUUCUGUUUUUACCUGAUAAAAUGGUCAGGUUAGGCAAGUCUUCAACAAAAAUUAACUCUGGAUCAAAAUUUCGUUUCAAUACAUAGUUUUGGUGAGCCUGAAAACGGAAACGUUUUGGUAAUGAUUUAGAAGCAUUUCAGAAACAAAAUGGAAAUAAAGAAAAAG